CCCUGUCAAUAAUCCCGAAUCCAGACUCUCUCUAUUUCCAUCCCUCUCUAUCUGUCAAUCAGCGCCGCCUUUGAACUGAAAACCACUCCGACCAACUUCAACUCACUCAAUCCGAGCGGCUCGGCUUCUUCUCCGGCUUCCCCUUUUUUCCUGCCAAGAUUUUUCCCCCUUUUUUUUUUUUUAAAUAUACUUUUCAUACCAGCAGCCAGAGCUUUUGGAUAAGGGGAGACAAAUAGAAGAGAACCCCGCUUUUAAAACACUUAAACUCGGACUUCUCCAGAUCAAGGGUUUAAACUUUUUGCAGGUUUUUUUUUUUGCCCCUACGAAUCAAGUUGUUGGGUUUUUUUUUUUCGGGGGGAAAAAUGCCGCAGCUCAACGGCGGUGGAGGGGACGAUCUGGGUGCGAACGAUGAAAUGAUUUCCUUCAAAGACGAAGGGGAGCAGGAGGAGAAGAUUUCGGAGAACUCCUCGGCAGAAAGGGAUUUAGCAGAUGUCAAGUCCUCGCUCGUAAACGAGUCGGAAACCAACCAGAACAGCUCGUCGGAUUCCGAGGCGGAAAGACGGCCUCCGCCUAGAUCUGAAACUUUCAGAGACAAAACGCGAGAAAGUUUAGAAGAGGCUGCGAAAAGGCAAGAUGGAGGGCUGUUCAAGAGCCCACCGUACCCGGGCUACCCGUUUAUAAUGAUCCCCGAUCUCACAAGCCCCUACCUCCCCAACGGAUCACUUUCUCCGACAGCACGCACAUACCUACAGAUGAAAUGGCCCCUUCUAGAUGUUCAACCAGGAGGUCUUCAAAGUAGACAAGCACUUAAAGAUGCCAGGUCCCCGUCACCGGCACACAUCGUUGGGCCCUUCUGCUGGGAAUUCCCCGGACAGUCAGAUCUGAGCCUUCACCAAUUUCAUUUGUCUAAUAAGGUUCCAGUGGUACAGCACCCGCACCAUGUGCAUCCUCUCACACCUCUGAUCACCUACAGCAAUGAGCACUUCACACCAGGAAACCCACCACCUCACCUACAGACAGACGUGGAUCCCAAAACAGGAAUUCCACGACCUCCCCAUCCUCCAGACAUAUCUCCUUAUUACCCUUUGUCACCUGGCACUGUUGGCCAGAUUCCCCAUCCGCUAGGAUGGUUAGUACCACAGCAAGGUCAACCUGUUUAUCCAAUCACAACAGGGGGUUUUAGACACCCCUACCCAACUGCACUCACUGUCAACGCAUCCAUGUCAAGUCUUCUGUCCUCAAGGUUCCCCCCACACAUGGUGCCCCCCCACCACAGUUUGCACACCACGGGCAUCCCUCACCCAGCCAUCGUCACACCCAACGUCAAGCAGGAAUCCUCCCACAGCGACAUUAGCUCUCUCAACAGCUCGAAACAGUCAGAUGCUAAAAAGGAAGAGGAGAAAAAGAAGCAGGUCCACAUAAAGAAGCCUCUGAAUGCCUUCAUGCUCUACAUGAAGGAGAUGAGGGCCAAGGUGGUGGCUGAGUGCACACUGAAAGAAAGCGCCGCCAUCAACCAGAUCCUGGGGCGGAGGUGGCACGCCCUAUCGCGAGAGGAGCAGGCCAAGUACUACGAGCUGGCCAGGAAAGAACGACAGCUCCACAUGCAGCUGUACCCUGGCUGGUCAGCACGAGACAACUAUGCGGCUAACCAACAGGGGAAAAGGAAGAAGAGAAAAAGGGAAAAGCAGCAAGCAGAGAGCAAUGAACACAGAGAAUAUUUUCCAAACCCUUGCCUUUCACUCCCUCCGAUUACAGAUGCAAAUACCCCAAAGAAGUGUCGUGCCUUGUUCGGGCUUGACCAGCUGAGUUUAUGGUGCAAACCAUGCAGGAGAAAAAAAAAGUGCAUUCGCUACAUCCAAGGUGAAGGCAGCUGUGCCAGUCCUCCCUCUACGGACGGAAGCUUACUAGACUCCCCCCCAUCCUCCCCCUCCUCCGUCGCUCCCUCCCCCUCUCCAAAAGAGUCCAAACCUCAGACUGAACAAAUGCAACCUCUCUCACUGACUAUGAAACCGGCCCACCAGCCACUCCACCACCCUCACCUCCUGGUUGGGCCUCCAUCGUCAUCUUUGGUUCAGAUGGAAAACUCGGCCGGCAAAGCGCCCUGCGCCUCCUCCCACAACGGAUCUCUGGAGCACAGCGACGUCUCGUCCUCGCGGCAGCCGGUCUCCUCUGUGGUGUCCUCGAUGGCCCGGCAAUCGGCAUCGCUGUGUCAUUCCCACUCGCUCCUCCCCUCCACAGCCUCCCAGCCGCUGUCGCUAGUGACCAAGUCUAUAGAAUAGCCUCCAUUUUUCUUUUUUUUUUAGCUUUACACUCACCCUUCGAUGCUCUCUCUCUGCGAAAUCUCACUCGCCGUCAGUUUUCGUUCUCUUUAUGUUUCUGUGCCGUGAGGCUUCGAAAUUUUAGUUUUAUUAAAGUUCAUUGGUCAAUAUUUGACCCCUCGUUAUCAAAACGAAUCUAAUUAUAAUAAAGAAAUGAUACAAGGAGCUGUAGUAUAGCUUUGUGAAUCUGCCAAAAUUUUUAUGGAUUUUGUUUAGUCUUCUUUUGUAGUGCAACGGUGCAAACAAAGCAAAUGUAUCUAGUUCAACAUCAAAAUGUUUAAAAGACGGAUAUUUAAAAAAAAAAGGUAGAAUAUUCAGCGAGCCUUUUUUUUUCCCCCCUUGAAAGAGUUGGUUCUCCUUCUUUAUUUGUAUUAAAUACGAGCUUGCGAACCAAUCGUUCACCAUCCGUUCAGACUCUUGGAGGGCAUGAGGCUUGUGGCGACACCUCCGAGGAACAACUUUAAUUGUGAUGUUACUUGUUCUUGUUUAAAUGUACAGAAUAUUGGGGAGGGAGGGGAAUUAAUGUGUUAUAUAUGCAUUCUUCCACUGCGUUGUCUUUUUUUUGUUUGUUUUGUUUACCUUUGGGGCGGAGUCGGGCAAGUU